GCCGAGGACGGGAGCGGCGGGAGCGGAGGCGGCGGCGGAGCGGACGCUGGCGGGGCCGGGCCGGUCAUGACGGCGCUGACGCCGCUGAUGGUCCCGGAGCAUUUCCCCAACGUGCCUCUCAUCGCCGUGACCCGCAACCCUGUCUUCCCGCGCUUCAUUAAGAUCAUUGAGGUGAAGAACAAGAAGCUGGUUGAGCUGCUGAGGAGGAAAGUUCGUCUUGCCCAGCCUUAUGCUGGUGUGUUUCUUAAAAAGGAUGAUAACAAUGAGUCUGAUGUGGUGGAGGAUCUGAAUGAAAUCUAUCACAUGGGAACUUUUGUGCAGAUUCAUGAAAUGCAGGACCUUGGGGACAAGCUGCGUAUGAUUGUCAUGGGACACAGGAGGAUUCGGAUAACCAAGCAACUGGAGGUUGAGCCUGAGGAGCCUGAGAAUAAACAGAAAGUUAGAAGGAAACAGAAACGUUCUAAGAAAGAGACUGAAGAGGAGCCUGGAUCCAAGGACCAAGCUGUGGAAGUACUGGAUCCUGUAGCUGCUUCCUCUCAGGAAGUUCUGAUGGUAGAAGUAGAGAACGUGGUUCAUGAAGAUUUUCAGAUCACAGAAGAGGUUAAAGCACUUACUGCAGAAAUUGUCAAAACAAUCCGGGACAUCAUUGCCUUAAACCCCCUCUACAGAGAGUCUGUGCUCCAGAUGAUGCAGGCUGGGCAGCGUGUUGUGGAUAACCCUAUCUAUCUGAGUGACAUGGGUGCAGCACUGACAGGGGCAGAGUCACAAGAACUUCAAGACAUCUUGGAAGAAACCAGUAUUCCCAAACGUCUUUACAAAGCCCUUUCCCUGCUGAAGAAGGAAUAUGAGCUGAGCAAACUCCAGCAGCGCCUCGGGAGGGAGGUUGAAGAGAAGAUCAAGCAAACACAUCGUAAAUACCUUCUCCAAGAGCAACUGAAGAUCAUUAAGAAGGAGCUGGGGCUGGAAAAAGAGGACAAGGAUGCUAUAGAGGAGAAAUUCCGUGAGCGACUGAAGGACCUGGUGGUGCCAAAGCACGUCAUGGAUGUCAUUGAUGAGGAGCUGAACAAGUUGGGCUUGCUGGAUAAUCACUCCUCAGAGUUCAAUGUCACACGGAACUACCUGGACUGGCUGACAUCCAUCCCCUGGGGGAAGUGUAGUGAGGAGAACCUGGAGCUGAGCAGAGCCCAAGCAGUUCUGGAGGAAGAUCAUUAUGGGAUGGAUGACGUCAAGAAGAGAAUUCUGGAAUUCAUAGCAGUCAGCCAGCUCCGAGGAUCCACCCAGGGAAAAAUCCUUUGUUUUUAUGGCCCCCCUGGGGUUGGCAAGACCAGCAUUGCUCGUUCCAUUGCCAGGGCCCUCAACAGAGAAUAUUUCCGUUUCAGUGUUGGAGGGAUGACUGAUGUAGCAGAAAUAAAAGGACACAGGAGGACCUAUGUGGGAGCAAUGCCAGGGAAGAUCAUCCAGUGUCUGAAGAAAACCAAGACAGAGAAUCCACUUAUACUGAUUGAUGAGGUGGAUAAAAUAGGAAGAGGAUAUCAAGGGGAUCCAUCCUCUGCCCUUCUAGAGCUGUUGGACCCAGAACAGAACUCUAAUUUCUUGGAUCAUUACCUUGAUGUUCCUGUGGAUUUAUCAAAGGUCCUUUUUAUUUGUACUGCCAAUGUAACAGAAACCAUUCCAGAGCCACUGCGGGAUAGGAUGGAAGUGAUCAAUGUCUCAGGAUAUGUGGCAGAAGAGAAACUUGCAAUUGCAGAGAGGUACUUGGUCCCUCAAGCACGAGUUCUGUGUGGCUUGGAUGAAAAUAAAGCCAAAAUUACAUCAGAUGUCUUGACUGUCCUCAUCAAGCAGUACUGCAGAGAGAGUGGGGUGAGGAAUCUCCAGAAACAAGUAGAAAAGGUAUUGAGGAAAUCUGCCUAUAAAAUUGUGAGUGGGGAAGCAGAGAUGGUCCAAGUAACACCUGAGAACCUGCAGGACUUUGUGGGAAAACCAAUCUUCACCGUGGAUCGGAUGUAUGAAACCACUCCCCCAGGAGUGGUGAUGGGGCUGGCCUGGACAGCUAUGGGAGGUUCCACUCUGUUUGUUGAAACAUCCGUGAGGCGACCCAAAGAAAAGGAGAACAAGGAUGGGUCCCUUGAAGUAACAGGGCAGCUGGGAGACGUCAUGAAAGAGAGUGCCAGAAUAGCUUACACCUUUGCAAGAGCCUUUCUGAUGCAGAAGGACCCCAACAAUGACUUUCUCAUGUCUUCCCAUAUCCACUUGCACGUGCCAGAGGGAGCAACACCAAAAGAUGGACCCAGUGCAGGCUGCACCAUAGUCACAGCUUUGCUGUCCCUGGCACUGAACCACCCCGUGAGGCAGAACGUGGCCAUGACUGGAGAAGUGUCACUAACUGGGAAAAUCCUUCCUGUUGGUGGAAUCAAGGAGAAGACCAUUGCAGCAAAGAGGGCAGGUGUGACCUGUAUCAUCCUCCCCUCAGAAAACAAAAAGGAUUAUUAUGACCUUGCUGGAUUCAUUACAGAAGGACUGGAAGUGCAUUUUGUUGAGCACUACAGAGAGGUGUUUGAUAUAGCAUUUUCCCAGCUGGGUUCCACUGGAGGAUUUGCAACGUGAGGGACAGACUGUGUUCCAGCCAUCCCUGCUCUCCAGGAAUGAGGUGAUCCUGGGGCAAUCCUGAGGUGGGACAUGGAGCUAUUGCUGCUGAGCAGCUGCUGAGCUGAUUUCUGGCUUUGGUAGAAUAAAGUAUUUCUCACUCUUUAAUAUUAUGAUUCACAUUAAAUAUUUCCAAUAAAGUGGUGAAAUUUUACCUAA